UAACAGAUUCUUUUUGUUAAGAGGAUGACUAACCCGGUAUCAGCUGAGCAGAAAGAGAAAACUUCUGUGGAACUAGAGGCAGUUCCUAUGGUCUUGAAAAAUACUCUUGAUGUUCCAAGCUCAUCAAGAAAUGUUCCUCGAAGGAAUACUCUGGAGUAUCAUCCUGAUAGAUACAACAUUUCUGCAGCAGCAGGUGUAAAGAUACUAAUCAUUAUCAACAAUGUGGAGUUUAAGACAACUGUACGUUCACUAGAUAGAAGAAACGGCAGUGAUGAGGAUGUAACUAGUAUUAGGAAAACCUUUACUGAGUUGGGUUGGAAGGUAGAAGAAGACCUUGUUAUGCAAGAUCCAACUAAAGACCAAAUUGAAGAACAAAUCAAAAUCAUCCAGAGUUCAACUGUCAAGAUUAGCUGCAUUGCAGUUUUCAUCAUGAGCCACGGUGAGGAAAACGAUACAAUUUGGGCUGAUGACCAAAGCUACAACUUGUGCAAAGAUGUGGUUGAACAGUUGUCAGCGGAAAAGUGCCCUUCUCUUGCUGGCAAACCUAAGAUGGUGUUUGUGCAAGCCUGCCAGGGGGGAAAUACUGACUCAGGAACUUCUGUUAAACUCAGGUCUCCAACAAAGAAACAAGAUUUUUCAGAUGCUGUUGUUGUGGAGCCAAAUACAGUCUAUAAGCAUGUAAAAAUACCAAGUUAUGCAGACAUAUUUGUGUUUAAAGCAUCAUACAAUGGAUACAGAUGUUUCAGAAGUGAUGAAGGAUCCUGGUUUAUGCAAACCCUUUGCAGGGUUAUUGAUGAAAGUUCUGCAGACAUGGAUUUAUUUUCUAUUGCCUUGAAGGUCACAGCAUUUGUGUCCAUGGAAAAGGUUAGCAGUUCAGACGACAAGAAAAUUCAUGAAAAGAAGCAAGUUCCAAAGAUGCAAAGCACCCUCAUGCGGAAGAUAUAUCUUAAGGAACCAAUCACUCAUACAAGGCAGACCGUCAAGGCACUAGAAACUCAGAAGCCCCAUUCUUUUCCGACUAAUACCUCUCUUGUACAGUCAAACCAGCUGUGUAGUGCACCUGAAAUCCACGGCUUGAAUGCUUCUGCUGUUCAGACUUCUGAAGCAUCCACUCCUUGUAAACUCUCUGAGGGCUCAAAAGCCCAUGAAAAUGUUUCUCCACAUAAUCAGGGAUCUAAAGAUCAAGUCAGCUCACCACGGAAACAGAGUUUCUUUAAAGUGAUUUAUUCAAGCUUAAAGGGGAAAAGUAAAACAAAAGACUGAUGAUAUCAGGCAUUAUUUACUUUGAUUGUACAAAUAUUAAAAUCGAGCUAGUGCCAAUAGUUUACUUGUUAUUUACAAAAAAAAUAGAACUUAAAAAACUGUAAAGCCUUACCUUGCUUACCUAGCUUCUUUUUUAACUUACUUAUCUUUCAUCGUGAAUCGAAAAUAUGAUUUUUUGUAGAUUAUUAACUAUAUCUAAAUGAUUUUUCAAAAGUGUAAAUAAAAUUAUCAUUAGAAACAUUAAAAUAUUACAAACUCAACUGUGAUUGAUAUUUAUGACAGGAUAAGAUUGUGAAAAUGAAUGAUUUUAAUAAGGGUUUUGACAAUUUGGAUCAAUUUGGAUCCGUUAUUAUUAUAAAUCUAUUUCAUCAUUAAUUUUAUAACUUUGAUAAGAGUAUGAAAAUGAAUGAUUUUGAUAAGGAUUUUGACAAUUUGGAUCUGUUAUUAUUAUAAAUCUAUUUCAUCAUUGAUUUAUAUAAGUUUGAUAAGAGUAUGAAAAUUAAUGAUAUUAAUAAUGGUUUUGACAAUUUGGAUCAAUUUGGAUCCGUUAUUAUUAUAACUCUAUUUCAUCAUUGAUUUAUAUAUCUUUGAUAAAAGAAUGAAAAUUAAUGAUUUUGAUAAGGGUUUUAACAACUUGGAUCAAUUUGUUUUUGUAAAGUCCUUACAGACUUAUCCUGAAGCUCUUAGAACUGAUAAACCUAAAGGGUGGAACCUUUCUAACUGAUUAACAGAUCUAGGUGUGAAGUGUUGAAAAAAGUUUAAAGAAUGCGGAACAAUUGUCAUGUAAACUGUAACUUUAUGUAGCAAAUAGGAGCCAGAUUUAUUCUUAGUUUAGUUAAGAAAUGUCAAGUUUCAAAAGCUUUUAUUGGACCAUCAUUUUAACAGCUUUAGGAAAGGUUCUGUAAGGCCUUGAUGGAUCCAACUUGAUCCAGAAGUAAUUGAAAACCCUAAUUUCCUAAAUAUGAUUUUGCAUGCAUAGCUUAAAUAAAUUUGAUUUUUAAAUUUUUUUAGUAAAUAAAUUAUAGUCCUAUUUUA